AUUUAGGAAAAGUAAACAACUAUCGUUAAUACAAAAUCGCUUUACUGAGGAAAUUUUAUUGAAAUCAUCAAGCUCGUCUUCAAACACUUAUCAUCAUCAUCAUCAUCUACACACAUUGCCAUCUCGCCGAAAUCGACACCCUCAAUUACGAUUGAAGUUUAUCGUCACUCACCACCCAUUUCGUUUUCGUUUCGUUCAACAUCAUCAAAAGGUUACCCAUCAUCGGCUUUACCCUAACCAUCCACCAUCUUCGUAUAUCUGUCAUACCAAUCAUCAUUAUUUCAUUUGUUUUAACCAGGAACACCACAACCUUCUUCUUCACUCCACCCUCUUUACCACCAAAAACCAUAUGCUUAUAUUUGAAAGACAUCAGAAGGCAGGUUGCAAUGCAUUAACCCCACUUUUUACUGGAAUAAUGAUGAUUAGAAUCUUAGUUUUGAAAGAGGGAAGUCAGGAUUUUCUAUUUUUUUUGUGUCCGGUUAACGCAUGCCAACUGCUCGACGAAUUGCUCUUGCAAUUUUGCAUCAGAAAUUUUGUUGUGGGUUUGACUAUUUCCAUGGACUUUGAGCAAGAACUUUGGGUCUUGUACAAAUCAGAUCUCCUGGAAAGAAGUACCAACAGCGAAGCAUGGGAUUUAUACUUGAAGCAUCUAAUCCUCAAAAUUUUGUUAGAAAUUUUGAUUUCCGUUGCAGAUGUAAUACAAGAAGCACCACAACAAGCAUCAAUAUAUUUACAAGCAGAACCUCUACAACAAUUACCAUUGGAAGAAGUGUUUAAACAAGAAGAACAACAAAUAAAAAUCCAAGGGGAAUAGAACUUGCAUUUUGAAAAACAGUAAUUUUGUUUGUUUUUGUUUUAUUUAACGUAUUUGGUUUUUGAAACUAAUAGAAUGAUGUUGAUAACCUUUAUGCAAU